AGCCCCUCCUCUCGUGUUGACAUGGUUUCAUUUGAAUGUCUCUCUAAAUACACCGCUUUUGCCCCUUGAGCUCUCAGUUGUAGUUGUGAUCUGUUAACGUGCUGAACCUGCAGGUGACAGGUGAAUUAACUGCUGCUUUGUGGACGCCUCUGCGCACCUGAGCUAAGGGGAAGAAGAGAGGAAAAGCGCAGGCUUGUGGAUGUUCAGGACUUCAGACUCGUUUGACCUGCUUGUUAAUGAUUAAGUGGAUGAGGAAGGACUUUCCUGAGAAGAAACUGAAUUUUCAUUUAGUUUGUAUUGUGUAUUGGAACAGUACCCAGUGCUUGCUAUUUGCAUGUCUUUUUUUUUUUUUUUUUAAAGAAAUCACUUUAAGUAGCUAAUGGCUCAUUGGUGUUGAACUGAUUAUUUUCUUAAAAUAAAACAAUGAUGGACAGACCCUCUUCUGGACAGGCCAAGGAGCAAAGGAAACAGAACAUAAAGGCAUCUUGACCAGCAGACAGCUUUAUGAAUUUCAUGUUUAGGACAUUUUUGUGGCCAAUCAAGAGUUUGUAAGGACUUUUUUUUAAUCGGCAAAUCAAUAACUAAUGGAAGGACAGCAUAAGUUGGUGCCAUCAUCAUGGCUACGUGCACUGCAGUUGAUACUACUGCUUCUGCCCCUGACAGAGAGUGUGACCGUAGUACCAUGGAAACCCUGUACAGAUCUCCAUCCAGUGGACCUGUUGUCUCGGGUGCUGCCCCGUAACGGAGAGGCUCUGUCUGGGGUCCGUAUCGUGCAGGAGGGAGGUGCUCGUGGGAUCCAGUUCUUCAGUCCUACGCAGGCACUCACCUUUCCAUCCUCUCAGCUCUUCAUUAACUGCCCUCUCUUCCCAGCAGAAUUCUCCAUAGUGGCCACUGUAAAAGUGUCUCACACCAGAAUGAAGAAGAAUGAGUACUUGUUCGCUGUGGUGAAGGAGGAUGUAGAUCAACUCCUACUUAGCAUACGUUUCUCUAAAGAGAAAGUGCAUCUCAUCUAUCAGGGCUCAAUGGGGAGGCAGCGUCUCAGCUUUAAAAGAAUCCGCCUGGCGGACAACCACUGGCACAGCAUGGUGUUAGCCAUCAGCGGUCACCAUGCCACCCUCACCCUGGACUGCGGCAUCCCACUGGAACUGGUCCAUAAACAGCCAUUUCCCUCUGAUCUCAGCACUGAUGGAUCUAGAUUCCACAUUGGAAGUCAAAGGAAGUGGAAAGGCCUCUUCUCUGGUUUACUGCGGCAGCUCGUCCUUUUGCCUGGAUCAGACGCGACACCACGUGUUUGUCCCUCUUUCGAACCCUCAUUGGUUGAGCUUUCUAUCCCUACAAUCCUGUCAAACCUGCCAGUGAAAUCCCAACAGAAUGACGUCCUGCUUCCUCCAUACGAGACGGAGGUCCGUGUGACUCUGGGUUCUAAACCAGCAUGUACUUCGGCAGAGCAGGGACAGCUCUGGUUUGACACUCUUAAAAGAGGCCUUUUCUUAUGUGAUGGUGCAUACUGGCACUCUAUGCUGCAAGAGAAAGACAGACUAGACUAUGUAGACGAUUACCAGAACCUCUACACCACCUCAGAGACGCUGGACAUUGAGCUCUUCCAGAUUCCCUCUGUUGGCCUGUUUGCUGCUAUGGCUCAUCGGUCCGACAAACCAGGCUCUGCCAUCUACCGCUGGAACCACGGCCAAUUCCAGCUCUACCAGAACAUCAGCACCUUCAAGGCCCAGGCAUGGAAACAGUUUACUAUAGAGAGGAAGAUGUUCUUGGCGGUGUCGAACUCUGUGGGCCCAGUGGACGGAGAGCGAGAGCUGUCUGUGAUCUAUAGGUGGAGUAAUAAGAGGCUGAAGUUUGUGCGUUAUCAGACCCUGGAGACGCACAGCGCCCGUGACUGGGAGGCCUUUCAUAUCAAUAAUGAAGCUUUUUUAGCUGUGGCUAAUCACCGAACAGAGAAUGGAAAUCACAACAUUGACAGCGUUAUUUAUAAGUGGAACCCUGGCACUAAGACAUUUGAGGUAAACCAAACCAUCUCGACAUCAGGAGCUUAUGACCUGGAGUUUUUUACCGUAGGGCCCUACCACUUCCUAGCCGUGGCCAAUGCAUUUGACGGUACCUCCACCCAAAUAGAUUCAUCCAUCUACAUCUGGCUUAAUGGAGCCUUUCAGCUCUUUCAGACCAUAAGGACAUUUGGGGCUACAGACUGGGAGAUGUUUCAGAUUGGAAACAGAGUCUUCCUAGCUCUUGCUAAUGGACACAUGCUGUGUGAGAGAGGACCAAGCCUCUAUACCAUCAACUCAACUAUAUAUGAGCUUGAUGUGACAACCAAGAUGUUCCUCAAGUUCCAAGAUAUUGUAACAUACAGUGCGGUGGACUGGGAAUUCUUUUCGGUUGGAGAUGAGCAUUUCUUAGUCGUAGCCAACUCUUAUGAUGGAGCUUCUUAUUCUUUGAACAGCGUUAUAUACAGAUGGCAGGGAUAUGAGGGCUUUGUUCCUGUCCAUCGGUUACCCACUAUUGGAUGCAGUGACUGGGAGUUCUUUACCUCAGAUGAGGGUUCAUACCUGAUGUACUCCAGUGCCAAAGCACCUCUCUCCAAAGUCUUCAAGCUCAGGAUCCACUGA